AUGGUUUGCCAGAGAAGCAACGGAGUGAGUCCAAAACUGGUCUCUCAAAUUGAAACCAAGGUGGAGCAAUUACGAGACAUUUACAAGAAUCAACAGUUCAAAACGGUCAUCAUGUCUAAUUACACGCACACCAUCUUUUAUCACGAUCCCAAAAUUCUACUUUCCAACAAUCAAACCACUUCAUCACCUUCCAACACCUCUUCCAACAAUCCAAAUACCACCCCGAUCAACAAUACGCCAACACAACCUAUUACAAUUGUCAAUAAUCAAUAUUCAGCAUCAAAUGGUUCUGGAUCACCACCUCCCAUCAUCUCUCCAACUAAAAAACCACAACAUGGUACAAAUCCAAGCAUGGUUGCAUACUCACCAAAAGACACCAUGUCUGCAACAAAUUUGACAUCACAAAUUGGAAUCUCUGCCUCUCAUCUUACCACCUCUACAAGCCAGUCAUCACAUUCACCAACCACGGAAGGACCCCCUAAUAUGGGUAUUGGUUUUGUUGUCGGGUCCGUCGAAGACCUAGCACAGAGGCUGAGACAAUAUUUAGAAAGCGUUGAAAAUUUUGUAAAACUCUUCUCAGAAGAUGAGACUCAACAAUUCAUUAAUCAAGGAAUUUAUCACAUACGUGGAUGUAGUGGUAUUUUACCUGGAGGAAGUAAUAACAUCAGUGGAAUUAGCAGCAAUGGUGGAGCAUUGACGCCAACAAACAUUUCAAAUUGUUCACUUGGAUCUCCCACACUUAUUUGCAGCAUUUUUGUAAAGACAGACAUAACAUGUGCCAUUUUCACAGAUGUAUAUGAGCAAGAUGCUAUUGGAAUUACAGAAGAUAUGGACAAUGAAAUCUUAGAAAUUGUGGACCAAUUACAAUUACUACUCAAGAGUACAAUAGAGAAAGAAAAAACGGUAACCAAGAAAAAGUAG